AUGAAUGAAACUGGCAAAAUGCCAGCUUGCCACCACCUACAAGAGGCGGGACUUGCCCGAUUUCCGUUGAUUGAUGCUGAUCUAGUUCGUAAGAUGACAACCAGCAUGGCUGACCCGUUAGAUUUCGGUGAACAGCAGCGUUUUGAUCAACUUCAUCAUCAGCAAUUGGAGCAAAAACUCUUCAACACGGGUCCCAGAGCUUCGAGGACGCUACCCACUGCAACGUCGCAAAACCUGCCUGGUGGUGACGGUUCAGCGUCUGUUCCAAACCUAUGUCCCACUGAUGUUGCUUUGCAACCGUACAACGAAGACAGCAUCGAUGGGCAAAUGCGAGUUUUUGCUGCUCCUUUUGUGAAUGAGUGCAGCAAUCUGAGCAGUGCUGGUUCGAUAUCGGACAGAGAACCGGACGGAACGCCUGGAAGGUGCAAUCGACCUGGACCAGAGAAAAAGUCCGUCCGGAAACGUCGUCGCGGUGACGAGACGCCGAAGUCCGAGAGAAAAAUAACAGAUUUCAUUAGGGGACAAACUAGCCCAAAGCGGAUGGUUGUGACUUCAAAUGGCGAGAACUAUUUGACAGCGAAUGACGUCAGCUCUGGCGUGGGCCCAGGCGUGCAACGUUGGAUGACCACAUCUCCAACUCCUAUGAGCCGAAUUACGCCGACGAAUCCUCACUACUCGUCAGAUUCGAAUAGUAACUCCAACCAAAGUCCUCCUGCUCCUCCUCCAGUGCGCUUAAAAGCGGACUGUGAAACCCAAACUGACUUAGAAGAGCUCAGCUUAGCUCCACCCGAAGAGAUAGAGAAACGAGAUCGUUUGAUCCAGGAGUUGAGAAAUCAGCUUAUUGAGGAACAAAAUAAGACGGCCAAUGAACGACGAAAGAAUGAAUCAGCAAAGGAAGCUUUGAAGAGAAUACUUAUUGAAAAAAAUACUAUGGAGCGGAAAGCUGUUCGAGAUAAGACGACGGAGAAUACACCACGAAUAGGCCAAUACAAGUUAGUUCGUCAUGGCGACUCGUUCCGUGAAGUUUGGGUUGACGGUUGGGCUCAGGAAGAGCUUGAUAAAAAGAUGCAACAGAUAGCCAAUGAAAGGAAUGAGAUUGCGAAUGCUUCUGCGCUUCUCAAAAAGAGAAAGCCAGUAGGAAUUGCAAAGGAGGGAAGUACGCCAAAACGAGCUGCAAAUUCUCUAUCCGCCCAAUUAGCAGCAAUCCAAACUGAUGGGUCAUUGCCUUCUACAUCUUCGGGAGAUGAUGCAGUAUUUCGACGUCCCGAAGAACCAAAGGAAAUUAAUUAUCAGGAAUAUAUAGAACUGGAUGAGAUAUACAAGUUACGUCGUGAGCACAUGAAAAAGGAAGAGUUGGAAGUGCUUGCCGAGAAAGAAAAGUUGGAUAGGGAGCGCCAGUUGCAUCUGCGAGAAUUGAAGAGAGCAAGCAACGAAAGAGACUCACGUUACAAAGAUCAUGAGAUGCUCAAUAAGCGCUAUUUGUUGCUCUCGUUGCUUGGGAAGGGUGGUUUCAGUGAGGUCUGGCGUGCUUUCGACCUUGAGGAGAAUCGAUUUGUAGCCUGCAAGAUCCAUCACGUGAAUAAGGAAUGGAAAGAGGAAAAGAAGGCAAACUACGUGAAGCAUGCAAUGCGAGAGAAAGACAUUCAUAAAACUCUCGAUCAUUGUCGCAUUGUGAAGUUAUUCGAUCUGUUCACCAUUGACAAUCACUCUUUCUGCACCGUUCUUGAGUACUGCACGGGUAAUGACUUGGAUUUCUACCUCAAGCAGAACAAAUGCAUAUCAGAGAAAGAAGCGCGAAGUAUAAUCAUGCAGGUGGUGUCGGCGCUGGUGUAUCUUAAUGAGAAGAAACCUCCAAUAAUUCAUUACGAUCUGAAACCAGCAAACAUUUUAUUGGAGUCGGGUACAACUUGUGGAGCCAUCAAGAUUACAGAUUUUGGACUUUCCAAGAUCAUGGAAGGCUCGUCUGAUGAUGAUAGUAUUGAAUUAACAUCGCAGUUUGCUGGUACUUACUGGUAUCUCCCGCCAGAAACAUUUGUCGUUAGUCAUGCUCCUCCAAAGAUUAGUUCCAAAGUAGAUGUAUGGAGUGUUGGUGUUAUUUUUUACCAGUGUAUUUAUGGGAAGAAGCCGUUUGGAAAUGAUCAGACUCAACAAAAGAUUCUUGAAGAGAAUACUAUUUUGAAGGCCAACGAGGUUCACUUCCCUGCUAAACCACAGGUAAGUCCGGUAGCCCAGGACUUCAUUCGACGCUGUCUACAGUAUAAAAAAGAAGACCGAGCAGAUGUAUUUGAGCUAAUGAAGCAUGAAUUGUUCCGACCACGAGGACAGAAAAGUGGGCCCCCGUCGUCCCCGAGUGUUUCACGCACGCUUUCAAAGGGCGAAUCCGAUGAUUGAAUAGAAUUCGUUAUUAUGCAGACUCAGGGCAGACUUUAUUCUGUUUCUUUUAUAGUUGGAACAGCUCAUCCAGAUGUCAUCAAUUUUGAAGUCUAGUUGCUUAGAGUAUUGAAUGAAUAUUUUGAUUCGUUGUAAAGCAUGUGUAGGCUGAGUUACUCCUUAUCUUCAGGAGUUGUGACCGCUUUUUGCGGUAAUGAUAAGCGCUCUCAGCCUACCCAGUGCAGUUUGAUUGAUCCGUUUACAGGUUUGGGGCUUGCGAAUACCCCGCUACAACUCGUGUUUGCUACUUUACUAUAACAUGUUAUGUGAAUAUUCCGGUGUUAGCAAUCGUUUUUUGCUCUCUUACUUCAUUUCUUGAAAAAAAGCUUGCUGACUCUAUAUUCCGCCCCCAAAUUCUUUCACCUUGUCCAUAUUCUAUCGCUUGGGAGAAGAUCCAUACG